AGUUUCAUCUUAUCUCAAACUCACAGCCGCAGCCUUCCCAGCCAAGGUCUGCAGAUGGACGUCAUCCGCAGGUCUGUCAACUCGGUGCUGUCCACAGGGCGGAAGGCAGACGCAAGUUCUUUGGGCACCUGCAACAAGGCCUGGGACGAAUUUCUGGUGAAGCGCGACCAGAAGGGAAUUUCUUUGGAAGACUUCGAGCUGGGUCGGAGCAUUGGCAAGGGCCGCUUCGCCACGGUGAAGAUCGCGGAGCUCAAGGAGCAGCGGGAUCUGCCGAUUUGCCUCAAGGUGCUUAGAAAGACGGCGGUCAUUGAACUGGAGCAGGCCGAGCAUGUGGUGAAUGAGAAGAAUGUGCUGACCAGUGUCAGCUCUCCUUUCAUGAUCCGCGUGCUAGACACCUUCCAGGACACCCAUCGCCUGUACAUCGCCAUGGAGCUGGUGAUAGGGGGAGAGCUCUUCACCCUUCUCCGAGCCAAGAAAAAGUUUGAGGAGCAUGCUAGCAGAUUCUUUGCUGCAGAGAUGGCCUCCGCUUUGCUUCACCUGCACAGUAUGCUGGUCGUCUUCAGGGACCUGAAGCCGGAGAACAUCUUGGUGCACAAGUCCGGGCACUUGAAGCUAACAGACUUUGGCUUCGCCAAAUACCUCAAGGCGGGGAAGACGGCCACGAUUUGUGGUACCACCGAGUACAUGGCUCCAGAGAUCAUCAACAGACAACCUUAUGGGUUGAUGGUUGACUGGUGGUCUUUCGGAGUUCUUGUCUAUGAGAUGCUGGCCGGUCGCUCGCCCUUCAACGAUGCUGACGAGAACCAGGUCUUGUCGCUGGUGCUUGCUGGCCGCGUCUCCUACCCUGUAAACUUCUCCAAAGAGUCGAAGGACUUCGUUGCGAGGCUCCUGACCAAGAGCCCUACUAGGCGACUGGGUGCUCCCGAAAUCGCAGACAGCUGGACCAUCAAAGGCCACGCAUUUUUCAAGCCCCUCAACUGGACUGACGUGGAGUCCGGCAACCUGACACCACCCUUUGUGCCACAGUUGACCAACCCCAUGGACAACUUCACACAGAUCGAGGAUUCGGAGCAGGUCACCGGGGAGCCGCCCUCCUGCGAGGCGGAGUUCCGCCUCGAGCGGCGCGUGCGAAGGCGGCUUCAUGCGGCGAGGCCUUUGGGAACUGGGAUCAGUGCGUGGACUUCAGCGCGGAGGGCAAGGCACUGGCGGCGGAGCUGGAGCAGAAGCGCCGCGAUGCCAAGGAAGAGGAGGCACGGAAGCUUCAAGAGGAAGACGAGGCGAGGAGGAAAAGGAUGGAAGGGGAGGAGACGACAGCCAAGGAGGUGGAUGUGGAUGUCACUCCUGUGACCGUGAAGCCGAGCAAGGGAAGCUGCUGUGAGGUUCAAUAGCCGGCCUGGGAUAGAGACCUGCCAUAUGUUGCUUCUUUCUUCCGCAUACUGCUCGUUCAAUUUGACGUUUUGUGUACCUGCGCCUGCAAAGGCAGCAGGGCAGGUACAUCUUUGUUGCCUCCCGCUCCCCGACGUACCAUAGGUGUACGUGCAGGUCAGGACUUUUUGGAGGCUUUGUUUCCCUUGGACUGCUACAGAUGGAGCAGCUCUGUAGCAGCCAAGAUGCUUUAGAUGGAGCCAGAUAAUAUCCCGCAAGGGUAACCAAUCCGCUAUGGACUUGCCACCUGCACUGAAUUGACCCUCCAACGCUCAGAGGC